CAAUAUCAUUGAUGGAUAAGAAUAAUUCAGAUCAUUCACAAUAUUUUCCAGGAGAUAUAGCUUGGGUAUUAGCAUCAACAGCUCUUGUAUGGUUGAUGAUUCCUGGUGUGGGAUAUUUUUAUGCUGGAAUGGCUAGAACUUCUAGAAAUGCAUUAGCUAUGAUUAUGUGUAGUGUUUUAUGUUUGGUGGUAGUCACUUGCCAGUGGUUUAUUUGGGGUUAUAGUCUUUGUUUCAGUAAAACAGCUUCUUAUUUUAUUGGCAAUCUUGAUAAUGCUUUACUUCGUAAUGUACUAGGUGAUCCUUCCAUUGGAAGCGAAGAUAUUCCUGAUCUCAUUUUUAUGAUCUUUCAAUGUAUGUUUGCUUCUCUUACACCUGCUUUAGCUAUUGGAUCAGCUGCUUCAAGAGCACGUUUAUUCCCAUUAAUAGUCUUUGUAUUUAUCUGGUCGACUUUAGUUUACGAUGUGAUAGCGUGUUGGACAUGGAAUCCUAAUGGAUGGAGUUACAAACUUGGCGUACUUGACUUUGCAGGUGGAACUCCAGUUCAUAUUACUAGUGGUUUUGCAAGUUUGGCUUAUGCUUUAAUUAUUGGACGAGGUAUAACAGAUGGACAACAACAACAACAAUUGUAUAUUAGCAAACCACAAAAUAUGUCAAAUUUAAUCACAGGUUGUGCUUUUCUUUGGUUUGGAUGGUUUGGUUUCAAUGGUGGAUCUGCUCUUUCUGGAACUUUACGAGCUGGUAUGGCUGUAUUGGUGACAAAUCUGGCUGCUUCCGUGGGUGCUCUUGCAUGGAUGGGUAUGGAUUAUUGGAAACAACGAAAAUUUUCUGCUCUUAGCUUUUGUUCAGGAGCUGUGGCGGGUUUGGUGGCUAUUACUCCUGCGGCAGGUUUUGUUGGACCUGGACCAGCUGUUGCUAUUGGUUUUCUUGCUGGUGUUGGAUGUAAUUGUGCUGCCCAUUUGAAACAUUGGUUGAAUUUUGAUGAUGUGGCCGAUGUCUUUGCUAUUCAUGGUGUUGGUGGUUAUUUAGGAAGUGUGCUGACAGGUGUUUUUGCUGAAAAAUAUAUUGCAGGAUUAGAUGAUAUGGUAAUCGAUGGUGGGUGGCUAAAUCAAAACUGGAUACAAGUACCUCAUCAAAUGGCCGAUGCCACUGCUGGUGCUUGUUGGUCGUUCUGUAUGACUUACCUCAUCUUGCUAGUGAUGGAUCGUAUUCCUGGUUUAUCUAUGAGAGUACCUCGUGAAGAUGAUAUUCAACAAUUCCUCAUCAAUCAAAACAAUCAAAUGAACCAUGAUAACAGCAACAAUGCCAUCAGCUUCUCAUCAGAUCAAAAAUCGGAUCAUCAUCUCUCUUAUUAUCAUAUUGGGAAAGUCGUGACCAUCAAUCAAGAAACUGGUGAACAAAGGAUAGUUAGAGAUGAUAUGAUUGAAAUGCAACGUCAACAAUAUUAAAGAAACUCCACUAUCAACAUGUAUUUCAGCUCAUUAUAUCAAGAUCUCUUUCGGUCUCUCUUUUGCUAGUGUAUAUACCCCUUCUUUUAUAUAUAUAUAUUCUUUAGUUGUACUAUAUCAUUUAAUUUUAUAUUUGUC